UGCCGCCGGCCGAGAUGGCGGAUCCAGCUGAAUGCAGCAUCAAAGUGAUGUGCCGGUUCCGGCCUCUCAACGAAGCGGAGAUCCUCCGCGGGGACAAAUUUAUCCCCAAAUUUAAAGGCGAUGAGACCGUGGUCAUCGGGCAAGGGAAGCCAUAUGUCUUCGACAGAGUGCUGCCUCCCAGCACGACCCAGGAGCAGGUUUACAGUGCGUGUGCAAAGCAGAUCGUCAAAGACGUCCUCGAAGGUUAUAAUGGGACGAUUUUUGCGUAUGGACAGACAUCAUCAGGAAAGACGCACACCAUGGAGGGGAAGCUGCAUGACCCUCAACUCAUGGGGAUCAUCCCCAGGAUCGCACACGACAUCUUCGACCACAUCUAUUCCAUGGAUGAAAACCUAGAAUUUCACAUCAAGGUUUCCUAUUUUGAAAUCUACUUGGACAAAAUCAGGGAUUUACUCGAUGUGUCCAAGACAAACUUGGCUGUUCAUGAAGAUAAAAACAGAGUCCCGUAUGUAAAGGGGUGCACCGAGCGGUUUGUGUCCAGCCCUGAGGAAGUCAUGGAUGUGAUAGAUGAAGGCAAAGCAAACCGACACGUGGCUGUAACAAACAUGAAUGAACACAGCUCUAGAAGUCACAGUAUCUUCCUGAUUAAUAUUAAACAAGAGAAUGUAGAGACUGAAAAAAAACUCAGUGGGAAGCUUUAUCUAGUGGAUUUGGCUGGGAGCGAAAAGGUCAGCAAAACUGGGGCCGAGGGAGCUGUUCUCGACGAAGCUAAAAAUAUCAAUAAGUCUUUGUCUGCUCUUGGAAACGUGAUCUCUGCCUUGGCAGAAGGGACAAAAACACACGUGCCGUAUCGGGACAGCAAGAUGACUCGGAUUCUUCAGGACUCUCUGGGUGGGAACUGCAGAACUACUAUUGUUAUUUGCUGUUCUCCUUCUGUCUUCAAUGAAGCUGAGACCAAAUCAACGCUGAUGUUUGGACAAAGGGCCAAGACCAUCAAGAACACCGUCUCCGUGAACCUGGAACUGACAGCGGAAGAAUGGAAGAAGAAAUAUGAAAAAGAGAAAGAGAAAAACAAGACUCUGAAGAAUGUUAUCCAGCACCUGGAGAUGGAGCUCCACAGGUGGAGAAACGGAGAAGCUGUGCCUGAGGAUGAGCAGAUCAGUGCUAAGGACCAGAAGACCCUGGAGCCCUGUGAUAACACCCCCAUCAUCGACAAUAUCGCGCCCGUGGUUGACGCGGUCGCCGGCAUCUCUGCGGAGGAGAAGGAGAAGUACGACCAGGAGCUCUCCAGCCUCUACAGACAGCUGGAUGAUAAGGAUGAUGAAAUUAACCAGCAGAGCCAGCUGGCUGAAAAGCUAAAGCAACAGAUGUUGGAUCAGGAUGAGCUUUUAGCUUCCACCAGAAGAGACUAUGAGAAGAUCCAAGAGGAGUUGACACGGCUCCAGAUUGAAAACGAGGCAGCCAAAGACGAGGUGAAAGAAGUUCUCCAGGCCCUGGAGGAGCUGGCUGUCAAUUAUGACCAGAAGUCGCAGGAAGUGGAGGACAAGACCAGGGCCAAUGAGCAGCUGACAGAUGAGCUGGCCCAGAAAACGACUACAUUGACAACCACACAGAGAGAGCUGAGCCAGCUUCAAGAACUUAGCAACCACCAGAAAAAGAGAGCUACCGAGAUCCUGAAUUUGCUGCUGAAGGACCUGGGGGAGAUAGGCGGAAUCAUCGGCACCAAUGACGUGAAGACUUUGGCAGAUGUGAACGGUGUCAUCGAGGAGGAGUUCACCAUGGCCCGUCUGUGCAUCAGCAAGAUGAAGUCGGAGGUCAAGUCCCUGGUGAACCGCAGCAAGCAGCUGGAGAGCGCCCAGAUAGACUCCAACAGGAAGAUGAAUGCCAGCGAGCGGGAGCUGGCCGCCUGCCAGCUGCUCAUAUCCCAGCAUGAAGCCAAGAUCAAGUCCCUAACAGACUACAUGCAGAACAUGGAACAGAAGAGGAGGCAGCUGGAGGAGUCCCAAGACUCGCUCACAGAAGAGCUGGCCAAGCUCCGGGCCCAAGAAAAAAUGCACGAAGUCAGCUUCCAGGAUAAGGAAAAGGAGCACCUGACGCGGCUGCAGGAUGCCGAGGAGAUGAAGAAGGCGCUGGAGCAGCAGAUGGAGAGCCACCGGGAGGCGCACCAGAAGCAGCUGUCCAGACUUCGCGAUGAAAUCGAGGAGAAGCAGAAAAUCAUCGAUGAGAUUCGGGAUUUGAACCAGAAGCUGCAGCUGGAACAGGAGAAGCUGAGCUCUGAUUACGACAAGCUGAAGCUCGAGGACCAGGAGAGAGAGAUGAAGUUGGAGAAGCUCCUAUUGCUCAAUGACAAAAGGGAGCAAGCCAGGGAGGACCUCAAAGGGCUGGAAGAGACCGUGUCUCGGGAACUGCAGACCCUGCACAACCUCCGCAAACUCUUCGUCCAGGAUCUGACCGCCCGGGUUAAGAAGAGCGUGGAGCUGGACAGCGACGAUGGCGGGGGCAGCGCUGCCCAGAAGCAGAAAAUCUCCUUCCUGGAGAACAACCUGGAGCAGCUCACGAAGGUUCACAAACAGCUGGUCCGGGACAACGCAGACCUGCGCUGUGAGCUGCCCAAGCUGGAGAAGCGGCUGCGCGCCACGGCGGAGCGCGUCAAGGCCCUGGAGAGCGCCCUGAAGGAGGCCAAGGAGAACGCCAUGCGGGACCGCAAGCGCUACCAGCAGGAGGUGGAUCGCAUCAAGGAGGCCGUGCGGGCCAAGAACAUGGCCCGGAGGGCCCACUCCGCCCAGAUUGCCAAGCCCAUCCGCCCUGGACACUACCCAGCAUCAUCUCCAACAGCCGUUCACGCCAUCCGAGGGGGAGGAGGUGGCUCAUCGAACUCCGCUCAUUACCAGAAAUAAAUAAGAAAUAUGACUCUCCACGUAGCAUGUCAAGGACUAAAUUAAUCACCAGUUCCUUCUGUCCCUCCCACCCAAUUUUCUUUUCCACCUGCUAACCCAGCAUCUGCAGUACACAGUGUCAGGUGUGUGAGCUGUAGGAUUUCUGUGUGUACAGAUGUGUGCCUGGACUUCUCUCUUCCUGAGAAAUCCGAAGGGGAUGAUUACAGAAGGUCCACUCACUCCUGGAGCCACUGCUGCGGACUCUCCUCCGGGCCUGGGGUGCCCCUGGGCGGCCCCUGUGCUCUCCCGACAAACACCCUACGCUCCAUUCCCAGGGGAGCAGCCAAGCGCCGCAGACGCAGGUGACCACGCUCUGCCCCAACUCUCUAUAGUUUCCUGUAAAAUGAACACUUUAUAUUUUUAGGGAACAAAAAAUGUGCUGCUAUAGGCUUCAAAAUUUUCAUUCUGAACACUUUUCCAAAACAAAUUACUCCAAGGAAGCAUUUUGAACACCCUGGUCACAUCUUUGGAUCUGUGAAGUACACCUUUUAGUAUGGCGCCCGCUAAAACACAAAGCAAAUUUCUUCAAGGCAGAAAAGCAGUCGGACAGUAGCCAUGUAGAAUCUGUUCAUUCACACACAUCUAUGUGAAUGUGAAAAGUCAAAGUUCACCUCUGAGCUCUCUGCUAUUGAACCUGCAGGGACUAGUCUCAGCCAGCCCGGUGUGAACACCACUCCGUCAGAAGUGUUGAAAAUGCCCAAAGUUGCUGGAAGUGGGGUUGCCCCCCUCCCCCUGACCCUACUGGAGCUGGUGUUAGGGUGGCCUCUUUCUAUAGGGAACCAUCUUAAGCCUUGAGAGGGGUGUUGCUGCCGAAAUCCAGGAUCAUUCCAGCAGUUGGAAGAGGAAGUCCUGGGGACAAAGUAAUUGACAAAUUUUUGUGCCUAUGAAUAAGUUGCUGUGAAUAAGUUGUUAUUUUAAUUCAUCAUUCUGACUGAGUUCUCUCUUUGACAUCAAAUAGAUAGGUUUCAUCUUCUUAGGCAGAAUUAGAAGAAAUCAGGAUGGAUGGAUUUUAUAUAUAUAUGUAUAUAUUUAGCUGUUGCCGUAUUUAAAUACAUGGAUCUGAAGCUGAACCAAUUCUUCCUGCUGUGCAUAUUGAAAUGAUGGAUUUCCAAGUAGUCAGGUUUUCAGGGAAACUGACAAGGCUUCAGUUAAGUUGGUCUUCUGUGCUGCUACUGUUUUGACAAAUUUGAGAGUAAGUCGACACCCAAACCAAACUCGACACAAGCACCCGUCCUCCUGUGAUGUGCCUGCCCAAGCUGAGCGAGCUGACACUGUCCCUGCUGCUGUCACUCCUGGAGUGAGGUGGACGUGGGGACGACAUUGGGCUUCUGGUGGCUGUGUGGAUGGAAGAUAGUUCAA